ACUCGAUUAGCGCGGACAAUGGGAGGCGCCGUGAGUGCGGGAGAGGAUAACGAUGAGCUAAUCGACAACCUGAAGGAGGCUCAGUACAUCCGGACGGAGCUGGUGGAGCAGGCCUUCCGGGCUGUCGACCGGGCCGACUACUACCUGGAGGAGUUUAAGGACAACGCUUACAAAGACUUGGCCUGGAAACAUGGGAACAUUCAUCUCUCCGCUCCGUGCAUUUACUCCGAAGUCAUGGAAGCUCUGGACCUGCAGCCGGGCCUUUCCUUCUUGAACCUGGGAAGUGGCACCGGCUACUUGAGCUCCAUGGUUGGGCUCAUCCUGGGUCCUUUUGGUAUCAACCACGGCGUGGAGCUCCACUCUGACGUUAUAGAAUACGCCAAGCAAAAACUGGACUUCUUCGUCAGAACAAGCGACAGUUUUGACAAGUUCGAGUUCUGCGAGCCUUCCUUCGUCCCGGGCAACUGUUUAGAGCUCUCUCCAGAGUGCACCCAGUAUGACCGCGUGUACUGCGGGGCAGGCGUCCAGAAGCAGCACGAAGACUACAUGAAGAGUUUGCUGAAAGUCGGCGGGAUCCUGGUCAUGCCGUUGGAGGAAAAGCUGACUAAGAUCACUCGAACCGGCCUUUCCGCCUGGGAGACCAAGAAGAUUUUGGCGGUUUCCUUUGCUCCUCUGAUCCAACCCAACCAUGCAGAUUCGGGGAAGUCAAAACUUGUUCACUUGCCGCCAGUGAUGGUCCGUAGCCUCCAAGACCUGGCCCGCAUCGCCAUCCGCAGCACCAUCAAGAAGCUGAUCCACCAGGAGACUGCCGGCCGCAACGGAAACGGCCUCCGGAACCCGCCACGGUUUAAGCGGAGGCGCAUCCGCCGGCGCCGCAUGGAGACCAUCGUCUUCUUGGACAAAGAGGUCUUCGCCAGCCGGAUCUCCAACCCGUCUGACGACAACAACUGCGAGGAGCUGGAGGAGGAGAGCCGGGAGGAGGCGGAGAAGGCCGUCCCCGAACUGAAGCCCGACCCUCCCGUGAACAUCCUGCGGGAGAGGGUCCUGAGCCUGCCCUUGCCCGACCCCCUGAAAUAUUACCUGCUUUAUUACAGAGAGAAAUAA